AUGAACUUGAACACUCUGAAAUUGGUUCUUUUGUCCGUUAUGAUAUGCUCAACACUUUUCGCAGGCCUUUCUCCGUUGAAAGUUUUGCGCUAUCUUCGGCACAGUGCCGCCCGCGCGUCCUCGUCGAAGCAGCACAAACACGUGUCCCUUAUCCUGUGUCUGCUCACAUGUUUUUCAGGAGGUUGGCUACAUAGCUGGUUACCGUUGGUUUUAUCGUCAUUGCAUGGUACUUCAGGAGUGUUUCUCGCGACUUGCUUCCUACACCUCUUUCCAGAACUGGUUGAGAAUGUAGGAAAAUUGGACGAGGUCUACGAUUUCUAUAUUGACUAUCCAGUUGCAGAGCUGCUUAGCUGUCUUGGUUUUUUUCUACUAUUCUUUCUUGAAGAGCAUCCAUCUGUGAGGCAAAUACAUAAAGUCACAGUAUUUCGACGACAUUACUUUCAUGCGCUGAAUUCAGUAGAAGUCCACUCUACUUAUACAACGGAUCAUGUAAAAGGCGUCACAUCAGAUGACGAGAACGUCGAUGGACAUUGUCAGAAACACUGCCCAUUGACUGUACAUCGCGUCAAGAAAAGCACUGAUCAUAAGGAGCCCCAGUGCACGGCUGUGAGCGACGUGUACACAACACUCGCAGUAGCAGAACCAGAACGAUGUGAAACGAACUGCGAAAAGGUUGAUGAGGAUCCACCGAUUCUGAUGAAGUCAUCUCCUCAUGCGCACUCACACGGUGUGCGUUCGAUCACUUUCGUUUUAGCUCUCUCUAUUCACUCUGUAAUAGAAGGCAUCGCGUUUGGAGUUGGCGACAACGCUUCUGAAACCACUGCAUUGUUUUUGUCUCUUCUGGUGCAUAAGUUAAUAGUUUCGUUUUCGGUAGGCCUACAGUUGGCUCGCACACAUGCUCAUCAACUUCACUGGGUGGUAGCGUCGGUUUUCAUACUGGCGCUAAUGUCUCCGUUAGGCGCAGUGGUUGGAAUGGUCGUUCAAUCUGCUGCGGCAAACAGUUUCAGCAAGGAUGUUGCUAUCACUAUUCUUCAAGGUCUUGCAGUCGGGACCUUCCUCUAUGUCACAUUUUUUGAGGUAUUACUUCACGAAAGGGACAAUGAACACCCCAAUUUACUUAAACUGUUAGUCAUGCUAGUGGGAUUUUCACUCAUAGGGCUACUUCGAUUGAUAGACAACCAUGACCAUUCCGAUUUUUCGCAUUCCUUGGAGAACGGUUCAUCGCUUGCAGUACCCCGUGGAGCUAAUUAUGGGCAUCACAGACAUCACCAUGAUCAUAUUCAUUAA